CUUUCCAGCAUGACAGUCUGAUAAAGUUUCCAUCAGUUGUAAAGAAAAACAAUGGAAAGGUCACAAAAGGAAGGGGAGUGCAGCAGAGGAUAAAAUAGACCCGUUUUAGAAACACUUGAACAUUAUUCUGUGGCAUUCUUCCCUUUCGUUUCUGAGUCUACUCCUGUGAAGUGCUGAAUGCCCUUCACUCCCAUUAUCUUUGUAGGAAGUGUUUUGCAUUUUCUCUGCAUUCUCAUUUUUCCCAAACAGCUAGCUGCCUCUUCAGGCCGUUUCAUAUUUUACUUAGGUUAUCUAGACAAAUAGGCUCAGCCUGAACUUCUCAAUGGAUCCCACGACUGUACUUGCUUCAUGAGCUAAAUAUUAAAUGGUGAAAAAGAUACCUGUGGAACUCUCGCCAGAGUGAGCAUCUGAAUAUCAUUGACAGUUUUCUGGUGAGAGGGACUUCAGAGCAACUAAAGAAAAGACUGCCCUCGGAUAAUAUUUCCAAGGAGAGCCUUGUGAAUGCAUGGGCAGGACUGAAGGAGUUUAGUCAGUGCUAUGUAAAUAGUCAUGCAUUGCAGUUCCAUCAGGUCCCUGUGGGCAGCUGAAAUUUCCUGCAAAAGUGAAGAUGGUGACCCGGUUGAUUGGUUUCUUCUUUACAAGUUACCAAAGUAUAUAAGAAAAGCGAGUCCCGGGACUGGGCUGGAGUACAUGUACAUGGAUUCUUUGACGCAAGCUUGGCAAUUGAGUAAAUUCCUGAUCAAUAUGACACAAAGUGCCCUGGGGCAAACAUUAAACCAACUUUAUGAAGCUUAUAAAUCCAAGAAUGACAGCACUGCCUAUGUGAUAUACAAUGAUGAUGUUCCUCACUCAAAGCAUUACAGCUGGAAACAAGGACACACUAAAGGAUUUCUGCUCUUGGACAAAUCACAAGGUCUCUGGGGGAUUCACAGCAUCCCUCUGUUCCCUCCAUUUCCUGAGGAGGGUUAUGGAUAUCCACCAACCGGAAAGCAAAAUGCACAGAUGGCCAUCUGUAUAACAUUCAGAUAUAACCAGUUUGCAGAAAUAGACAAACAGUUGUUAUGCUACAAUCCAAACAUCUACAGCUGUUCCAUCCCUGACAUCUUUCACCCUGACCUCCCAAAUCUGCAAAAGCUUUGUGUAGGUUCUGCACUGCCUCUAAUCCCUUGGCGCCACCUCUCCAAACUCCAGUCAGCCCAGGGAGAAAACUUCCUCCACUUUGCUAAAUCACGCUUUUUUGUUGAUGAUAUCUACGUAGCCUGGAUGGCUCAACAGUUGCAGACAGAUUUGUUAGCAGAAUCCUGGCAGCAUGAUGGACAGGAGCUUCCGUCAAACUGCUCUCUCCAACACCAUGUCUACAACAUAAACCUCAUUAAGACACCAUGGAAUUCCACUUUCAGUUCCUAUUAUGAUCACUCUAAAUGGUGUGUUUCCUGGAGAUAUGAAGAUCAGUGGACAUGCAUUGGAGACUUAAACCGUGCUCCUCAACAGGCUUGGAGAAGCGGUGGGUUCAUUUGUACCCAGAAUCCGUACAUUUACAAAGCUUUCAGACACACGAUCUUCCAUUACCAUAGCUGUAAUAACUCCCGAAGAUGGAUAUGAAUGAACCACAGUUCUCAAACACUGUAUGCACUUAUUACAUAGAGUAUGAAGAUUCCCCUCCAAUUCUGCUCUGAAAAAUGGCAUUGUAAAGUUCUGUGUUUUUUGCCUCUUGAAUCAUUUCUACAAUAAAAGUGCUCAGCUUU